UUUCAAGGAAGUAUCUAUCCAAAACAUACACGCUAAACAGGCGAGUAGACGUCAAAGUGACCCUGAGAUCCUAUGGGUGUCCAGGGUCUAACUACCUUUGUGGAGGGGCACAGAAACCUCUUUAAGGAUGUGAAGUUCAGAGAUAGUCGUUUGGUUAUUGACGGCUGCAGUCUGUAUUUCCGCCUCUAUUUUGAGAACGGCUUGGACCAGCAACAUGGAGGAGACUAUGAUGCUUUCUCCCACCUGCUCUCUGCGUUCUUCUCGGCCUUGGCAGACUGCAACAUUCAGCCAUAUGUGGUACUGGAUGGAGGCAUGGACCCCAGUGACAAGAAAUUCUCCACCCUGCGACAGCGUCUGCAGUCCAAGAUCAGGGAAGCUGAGGUUCUCUGUCACGGCCGUCACGCCUCAGUUCUGCCCAUCCUCACACGGGCUGUCUUCACUCAGGUCCUCAUCCAGAGAGGAGUCCCAGUGGUCCAGUGCCCGGCCGAGGCUGACUGGGAGAUUGCCUGUUUGGCUUACCAGUGGAACUGCCCUGUUCUGACAAAUGACAGCGACUUUUAUAUCUUUGACCUGCCAGGCGGUUACCUGCCACUCCGUUUCUUCCAGUGGACCAACCUAAGAGGCAAAGCCCCCCGCUGCUACAUCUCAGCUCGAUGCUACACCGCUAUUGGGCUGUGUCAGUGGUUUGGCAUGAGGCGGGAGCUGCUACCGUUGUGUGCCGUGCUGACUGGUAAUGACUAUGGCUCACCCAGAGGAGCUGAAAAAGUCCUCGCUUGGCUAGAUGAUGCCGGGCUGGUACAAAGUGCCGGCAGGGGAAAGGGUAACGCAUCGUCUUGUCGCAUCGAGGGCUUGCUCCUCUGGCUCUCGUCUUUCUCAGGCCUGGAUGAGGCUGUGGAGGAAGUGAGCGAGCUGAUGGGGGAGACAGACAGAAGGGGAGGAGGAAGGGGUCAAGGGGGGAACAAUGCUAAGCACAGUUCGCAGCUGUGGGCAGGUAUGCAUGAGUACUACAUCAACCCUCAGAGCUCCCUGGCCAGCUGGUUCUCUGGAGGCAGGGCAGCCCCAGGAGGGGAGGCGUCUGGGUUUACCCAGCUGCCGGAGUGCUUGUCCAGGGUUGCAGCACAGGGGCUGUUGGCCCCUUUGGUGCUGGAUGCCCUGGUGAUGCGCAGGGUCCUGCUCAUCCCACAGGUGGAGAACAGCAAGCUAGCCAGCAGCCACUGUAGCGCUAGAGCCAUACGCCAGGGCAUAUAUUGGAUUGUUCUGCGGAGACCGGGCCAAGACAGCCAGGCUCAUGGAAGGAGUGGUAGUGGGCAGCAAGUGAAGGGAGCAGGAGGAGUCCAAGCACAGUAUGUCAACAUCAGCCAGGGUCAGAGAGGUGGGAGGGGGCGUGGGGGCUGUCAGGUUGGGGCAGGUAGGUGUCGUAAUUCACCUGUGCAGCAGGCUGUAAAUACAGGAGUCAGCAGUGGACAAGGUGCCGGUGCAGCAGCAUCACAGGCUCAGAGCUGUGCCGCCCCAAUAUGUGUAGAGGAGUAUGACCGGUUGGAUCUGAACCUGAAGAAAAACCAGGUGGAGGCAAAUCCACUCAAAACCCCUAUAUGCCUGGACACCAUUGGCCAGGCUCCUGUUGCAGUGCGGCUCGGCGUGCUGUUGGAAGUCUUAGGGGUAAACGAGUCUGUCUUGGCUCCUGUUCCUCUGCACCUGAGGCUGUUUGUCGCAGUGACAGGCUUCUGGAUGCGUGAGGCCAGUCCACCUCCUUCACUGCACCAGCUCCAGGCUCUGCUGCUGGGCGCUGUCUACGGAGAGCUGUCCUGGAACAACCAGCCUGGAGCGAACCACCACCAGCAUGCUGGUCCCAGGGCCACAGAGCACACUGUGGGGAUGUGUCUGGACCGACAACGUGUGAGGCCGGGGCAGAGGCGGGGCUUAGAUGUGGGACUGGCUCACAGUCUCAGCCAGUGGCAGGCCUGCCUCUGGAGUGCACUGUCGCUCAAUCAGCUGUUGCUGCUGCCCCUGCAUGAACCCCACAUUUCACAGUUGUUCAGCGGCACCUUGGUGCACGGCCUGCUCAGGUCGUUGAACGGCGGCCAUCCCGCUGAAUCCUUUCUCCCAGGAGGUUCCCGCUCUGCGCAGCUCUACCGCUGCCUGCUGGACGCUGUGAACAGCUGCAGCUCCAAAGCCCACUCCUCCACCCAAUCGGCGAAAAGGAGGCGAGGGAACCGCAGGGGGGGGAGAGGAAGAGGAAGAGGAAGAGGUGGGAGGGGAGGAGGAGGAGGAGGAGGGGAGAGAGAGACCGACGAGAUGAGCAACAAGUUUGCUCUCCUUAUGAGUGAGGAAGAGUUUGAUGAUGACUGAAGAGGAGGAAGGGGAAUAAAUUGAGCUAAGCAAUAUUCUAGGGGCCAUGUGCUUUUUGGAGAGGUAGGACAUUCCAGUGGUUUAUCACGCUCAGGGAAUGCCGCAAGACGACACUUUGUCAAUGAAGAACGCCUCUCAUUGUCUGCCACUCUGCUUGUCUUCAUGUAACUACUGUGUUAUUUUAUAUAGGGUCUCCUGGCUCUACAGUAACACCUGCCUGCUGUUGCCAGUUUUAAUGAUCUUGUCAUAUCAAGAUGUUUCAUAAUGUCCAAUAUUUCCUAGAGCAAUUUUAGCCGGUCUGUGAGAGCCUGAAUGCACUAAUAAGGCUUGUAUAAUCAUGACAGAUUGUAGAGAUGCCUUAUUAUUUUAAUCAAGGUUCACAAAUGUAUUACUGUAAUCUGUGAUGACCAGAAAGUUGCCGGCAGCUAAUGUAAUCUUCAUUUCCACCUUAUGAAAAUUUUAUUGCUGCUUAUGUGAUUUUAGCUGAAACUGCCUUAAUCCCCAUGUACUAUGGAGAUGUUUACUUAUCUUUUUAUACUGAAAAAUAUAAAUUAAAUUCAAUGACACAUU